GAGUCGCCCUCGGAGGUUGCGGGGCCGCGCGGAGGAGCGGAGCCGAGAGGUCCGGUGCGGGCAGGGCGCGAUGAGCGGGGACGGGGCGCGGCGGGCGGCGGGCGCCGAGCGGGAGGAGUUCGUGGGCUUCUUCCCGCAGGUGGUCCGCGACCUCACCGGGGACGCUGGGCACCCCGAGGUGGGCGACGCCGUGGCCCGGCUGAAGGAGGUGCUGGAGUACAACGCGCCGGGCGGGAAGUACAACCGGGGGCUGACGGUGCUCGCAGCCUUCCGGGAGCUGGCGGGCCCCCAGCAGCAGGACCCCGAGAGCCUCCGGUGCGCCCUGGCCGUCGGCUGGUGCAUCGAGCUGUUCCAAGCCUUUUUCCUGGUGGCCGAUGACAUCAUGGACCAGUCCCUGACGCGCCGGGGGCAGCUUUGCUGGUACAAGAAGGAGGGAAUUGGGUUGGACGCGAUCAAUGAUGCCUUCCUCCUCGAGUCAUCCGUCUACAGGAUGCUGAAGAAGUACUGCGGGGAGCGCCCGUACUACCUGCACCUGCUGGAGCUCUUCCUGCAGACUGGCUACCAAACCGAGCUGGGGCAGAUGCUGGACCUCAUCACUGCUCCUGUCACCCAGGUGGAUUUGAAUCGUUUCAGUGAGCAAAGGUAUAAGGCAAUCGUUAAGUAUAAGACUGCGUUUUAUUCCUUCUACCUGCCAGUGGCUGCUGCCAUGUACAUGACUGGUAUUGACAGUAAGGAGGAACACGACAACGCCAAAGCAAUCUUGCUGGAGAUGGGUGAAUUCUUUCAGAUCCAGGAUGAUUACCUGGACUGCUUUGGUGACCCGGCACUAACAGGGAAGGUUGGCACCGAUAUCCAGGACAAUAAGUGCAGCUGGCUGGUGGUGGAGUGCCUGCGUCGGGUCACACCAGAUCAGAGGAAGAUCCUGGAGGAGAACUACGGCCGUAAGGAGCCAGAGAAGGUGGCUAAGGUGAAGGAGCUCUACGAGACUCUAGGCCUGAAGGCUGCUUUCCAGGAGUACGAGGAGAAGAGCUAUCAGCGCCUGCAAGAACUGAUCAACAAGCACGCAAACCGGCUCCCUAAGGAGAUUUUCCUUGGCCUAGCUCAGAAGAUUUACAAACGACAGAAGUGAUGGGGGGCUGGCGGGCCUGUCGGCGAACUGCUCGGUCUCUGCUGCCAGGGGUGGGCUGGAAGCCCCGGUGCUGGGUGCGUGCCAGUGCCCCCCGCCACCGCCCUGCUGCCUUGGGGUGGGGGGUGGCGCGGUGUGUAGCAGCCCCCUCCCGGUGCUCGGGCCGCCAGGCCUGCUCCCAAUAAACGUAAUUUAUUGCC